AUAGAAGGGCAGUUUAGUGUUAGUCAUUGUUUAAACAAUCGUUUAUAUUCCAGAAGUAUAGCAUAACAAUGUUAAAGAAUCGCGAUACAUCGUCGAACCCGUACCGUGUUCCCCCCCAACCAACAUCAACAUGGGUGAAAGUUGCCAUCGGUAUUUUAUUUGUAGCCGUGUUGGCGCUGAUGGCCACUGUAGUUUAUCUAACUGUUAUAAUGCAGAGCAUGUGCGCCACCACGUGUCCUGUGAACAAUGAACCCAGCAGCCGCAAGGUGGCGGUGGUGGACAAAGCCGUGAUCAUGGCGGACCAGGGGUCAGGAGGUCAAAGUGGAAACAAGAAUAUUCGACAGUUGGUGAACAGGAUCGAUCGCAUCGGAGAAGCUGUAUCGCGGAUACAAAAUGACGUCACAGAGCUGGAUUCUUAUUGCAGAACCUUGAGAUUACGUGAUGGCGCCCCCACGCGAAGCUCUUCACCACUUUCACCGAAAGAUGUCGCUGUGUUGCAGAAAAUCCCCAAACUCGAAACUUUUACUAGAGGUCUUGACGCGAAGUUAACCCGUUAUAUGACGCAACAACAACAUAUUUGUGACGAACACCAUUAUAGAUACGGGUUGUAUUGUUACGUCGUAGUGGAGGCGAGUCUCAGCCAAUCAGAGGCAAGGAAUGGUUGCGUCACAAACUUCGGUAAUGACGCAACAUUAGCCAUUGUAAAAGAUCAAUUAACGCAAAAUUUCAUUUCCACAAAACUUCCAAACCUUGUUCAUUCUUAUUGGAUCGGCCUCGACCGAGUCCCAGCCGGACAAUCUAUGACGUCACCAGCCCCAUCCUCGGUUCGGAACGGUGUAUUCGAAUACUCGGAUGGCACCCGAGUCCAACGUCACGUGUGGCAGAUGUGGUUACCUAGGUCUGACGUAGAUGGGAAUUCCCCGACUGGUAAUUGCGCUUCGAUGACGUAUGACCACGUGACGUCAGAAUGGCGAUGGCGUGAACAAGAUUGUUCUGCCAGGUUGAAUUAUAUUUGUCAAUAUUUUAUUAUGUCAUAAUGGACACAACCGCUCGAUGGCGCAUGGUGAAUAAUGCUGGACAUUAUACGUCACUUCCUGAACAAUGACGUCAUAUACUUGUAAUAUGAUAUCUAUGUUUAUUUUAUUUCUUUUGUAAAUAUUUAUUUCAGAUGUUGUCACAAUAAAACAAAGUAUGACGUAUUUAUAUUUCGUUGUGACGUACAAUAGAAGGUUUAUUGUGA